AUGGUUAUUGCAGGACAGUUUCCCAAGGGCCAAGUAUUACUAUCACUCCUCAAAGGCAACAUCAUAAGAAACAAUGUCAAAAUACCCUUCUCCAUCAAGCGACCACUGUCUCCCCAUAUAACCAUAUAUAGUUUCCCGUUAACAUCUGUACUUUCAAUUGGACAUAGAGCGACCGGGGUCGCAUUGGGCUCUCUCGUAUAUGCGCUUGGUGUUUUCUCUGCUGUAUCUGUUGUUGAUGUUUCAAAAACUGCAAAUUGGAUCAGAAUCAAUGUACCAUCAUCGGCUAUAGUCGCUUCAAAAUUUAUUCUUGCUCUUCCAUAUACAUUUCACUUUAGUAACGGAAUUCGACAUUUGGUUUGGGAUAUGGGUUAUUGCCUCUCUUUGAGCAGUGUCUACACCACUGGGUAUGCAGUAUUGGCAAGCACCCUUUUUGGCUCUGGGAUUCUAGCCUCGCUAUAG